UCCCUGGUUUGGGAAAGACCCCUGUAGAAAUUUCGCUUGCCACGUAGUCGCGGCAGUACAACUUGUAGUUUGGGAAGUUUUAUCAGAACUUUGUUGUGCAUGAAACAUUAGUUGAACGGUUAGAGAGUGUUAAACCGUUCUUUAUAUUAAGAUGAUUCCAGAGUUGUGGACAUGCAUUUUUUCUGCAUUAUUCUUUUACGUGCAUGGAGCAAAACUUCCGGAACCAGAGGUGAAAAUAGAAGUUCUAUACAAACCUUUCCUUUGUCAUCGUAAAUCCAAAUACGGAGAUAUUCUUCUGGUUCACUACGAAGGCUUUCUGGAGAGUAAUGGCACAAUGUUUCAUUCCAGCCACCAACAUGGAGACAAAAACCCUGUUUGGUUCACGUUGGGGAUCCAUGAGGUGAUCAAGGGUUGGGACAAGGGUCUUCAAGGCAUGUGUGCAGGGGAGAAGAGGAAACUGACUGUCCCUCCAGCUCUUGCAUAUGGCAAAGAGGGCAAAGGUAAAAUCCCUCCGGAGAGCACUCUGAUCUUUGACAUUGAGAUCAUCGAGAUCCGAAAUGGGCCUAGAUCACAUGAGUCCUUUCAGGAAAUGGACCUCAAUGAUGACUGGAAACUUUCCAAAGCAGAGGUCAAAGAAUACCUGCGUAAAGAGUUUGAAAGGCAUGGAUAUGCUCCCAAUGACACCCAUCAUGAAGUGAUGGUUGAGGACAUCUUCCAAAAAGAAGAUGAAGAUAAUGAUGGAUUUAUAUCAGCUCGGGAGUUCACCUACAAACAUGAUGAACUAUAAAUACUAAACACUCCUGCAUAACAGCGUCAAUGUUUACCUUCAGAGAGAUUCCGGUAUUUUUCUCUUUGAGAUCUACAGCUUGUCGGUAUCAUUUCAUGUCAUGUGUCAGUAGUUCUAAACAGGGUUUCUGUUAUCUACAGAUCAUGUCUGUAAUUUAUUUUUUAGGUUUUGUAACUACACUUAGGUGGUGGUGUGAUUGGGCUUUUGUAGUAUUUGAAGACUGUUGUUCUUCUUCAAUUGCAAAGUGUUAAAUUCUGCUCAAAGAGAAUGUUUGUCCCCAAAGUGCCUGUUGGCUGAAACAUUGAAUAUUUCAGAACAUUUCAGUGCUGAUUUUUUAUAGUACGUGUGUGUCAUUUUUUCAGAUGAAUUUUUCAAUGUUUACAAUAUUUAGAACAUGUGUAGGUCAAUUUGUCUGGAGUAGCCUAUAAGUAUUUACAUGUGAAUAAAGUAUAUCAGUUCUGUGCUGUUCA